AUGGCGUUUCUUUCACAGAUUUUGUAUCUUCUCCUGCUGGGAGUUGCUAUUCUCACAUUACGGCGCCGCAUCACACAAUCCCGGUUCAUCAGAAAACAUGGAUGCAAAGAAGCACCCUCCCUGACGGGGAAUAAGCUUUUCUUCGGUCUUGACUUACAAUUUCUGUUCCUUAAGCGAUCGAGUAGCGGCCUUGAGAAACUCCCCCUGGAGAAACAAUUCGAGGUCCUUGGUUCCACUUUUCGGACACAGAUGGCCAUCAAGCCAGUCAUUCGCACCAUGGAACCUCAAAACAUGCAGGCAGUAUUCUCCUUGGACGCCGACAGCUUCGGCAAUCGACCCUUGCGCCAUUUUGCGUUUUCGCCCCUUGUUGGGGAUGGGGUCAUGACUCUGGAUGGCGCUAGACAUGAACGAGCCCGGGCUCUGAUCCGUCCAACCUUCUCAAAGACACAUAUCGAGAAUGAGGAGGCGUAUGACUUGCAUGUACAAAACCUGAUAAAGCUAUUGCCGACCGAUGGGUCCACUGUUGACCUGCAGCCUCUUUUUGAGCGAUUGGAUCUUGACUCGUCGACUGAAUUCAUCUUUGGGGAGUCUGUGCAGUCUUUGCAUGAGGAUGAUUCAUUGACUUCCCCGCACAAGUUUCCUGCUGCCUUUGAUGUGGCACAGCAGGGCAUGGGGGCGCGAUUUCGAAUGCUACCAUUCAACUUUCUGCAUCGAGAUGAGAAGUUCUGGGGGGCUUGCAGUACUAUUCGUCAAUUUGUCGCAGAAUCGGUGGAAAAGGCCGUGGCUCGGCGUCAGAAACCCAAGGAACAAACUGCUAAGAGUUAUAUCCUUGUCGAUAAUGUUGUCCAGGAGACUUCAGACAAGACAGAGAUUCAAGACACUUUGAUGAAUGUAUUUCUUCCUGGACAUGAUACUAUUGCUAUUCUCUUAUCUAAUAUAUUUUUCCACCUUGCUCGGAACCCUCACGUGUGGCAGAAACUUCGCAAACAACUGCUUAGCCUUUCAAAGAUCACUACCGUCAAUUUGAGACGGCUGGACUACAUUCAUCAUAUUAUUAACGAGACUCUUCGCGUAACUCCACCAGUAAGUAAUAUGACACGCAUUGCUGUCAAGGACACAACCCUUCCCUUGGGAGGGGGAUCAGACGGACUUUCCCCAUUAUUCGUCCCCAAGGGCACCGUUGUCGCCAGUAGUUUUUACAAUCUUCACCAUCGCAAGGAUAUAUACGGCUCCGAUGCAGAUAUAUGGCGGCCGGAAAGAUGGGAAGAACUCAAGCUCUCCACUCUUACGUGGAAAUUCAUUCCCUUCGGAGGAGGCGCACAUGUCUGCCCCGGCCAGAAUUUGGCGAUGAACCGAGUCGCGUUUACGGUAGCUAGGAUAGUGCAGACUUUUGAUAAAAUUGACAAUCGCGACCCGGUGGCAGAGUUUGUGCCUUUGUACAAACUUGUAACUGCCAGCCAAAAUGGUGUCAAGGUUGCCUUGCAUAAUGCGGUGGAUUCUUGA